GUCAAGUAAUUGGAUUUGACAUUAAACUUGAACAUUUCAUUUAAAAAAUAUUUAAAGUAAAGCUAAUCUAAUAAUGAUUUUAAUUUUUAAUAUAUGAAUGCUGUGAUAAAAAAGUGUCACAAAUGGAGCCACAAUUGAUUCGUAUCAAUAUAUUUGACAAAAAUAAUACAUUUAAUUAUACAAAUGACAACAUUUACUCAAUACUGGACUCCCGACCGGCUAUUGAUGUCCACAAAGUUGACUUCGGUUACAAUAAGGAUAAUCUUAUAUUAAAUAAUCUUACGAUUAAAAUACCAAAAGGUCGUAUAUUUGGAUUGUUGGGUACGAGUGGGUGCGGAAAAACUACUCUUUUGAGGCUAGUUUUGGGUCGUUUGCAGCCUAAGAGUGGAAUAAUUAAAGUGUUUGGUAUCCGUCCCUCUUCUUCAAAGUCCAAUAUUCCCGGCAAAGGUGUUGGAUAUAUGCCUCAAGAAACAGCUUUAUUCAGUGAAUUUACAAUAACCGAAAUGCUAUACUAUUUCGGUAUAUUAUAUGACAUGGAUUUAAGUAAAAUAAAGGAAAGGAUUAAUCAUUUGAAAGAUUUACUGAAUUUACCGCAAAAAGAUAGACUUAUCGGACAAUUGAGUGGAGGACAACAAAGAUUGGUCUCAAUGGCUGUUACUAUGUUUCAUAAGCCACCACUUCUUAUACUGGAUGAGCCCACUGUUGGUGUCGACUCUAUACUCAGGUGUCGUAUUUGGGAAUAUUUGGAGGACAUGUGUCAAACUGAUGGAACUACUGUUGUAAUAACAACCCAUUAUCUGGAAGAGGCUACAAAUGCAUCAAAUAUAGCUUAUAUACAGUCGGGAACAUUAUUAAUACAGUCUAAACCCAGGGAGUUGUUGAACACAUAUGAGUGCUUAACAUUGGAAGAGACGUUCCUUAAGAUAUCAAUUGAAAAGAAACAAAACAAAAGACCAAUAGAUAGGUCACCAAAACAUUUGAACGAAUCGAUUGGUGUCUCAAGAAAUAUACAAAAUCUAUGUCCAAAACACAAGAAAGUUAUUGAUUGGAAACACAUUAAAGCUUUGUUAUGGAGAAGUCAAAUAAGGAUUACCAGAAAUCCGAUUAUUUUAUUGAUGCUUCUUAUGUUACCAGUCAUACAAAUCACACUGUUUUGCAUUUGCACCGGUAGUCGACCCCAAGACAUCCCGAUAGCCGUUCAUAAGCCCGAUAUUGACAAUCAUUUGUCUCACGAAUUUCUUCAGUACAUCGAUCGCAAUGUAAUUCGUGAAGACUAUUACAAAGAUAAAGACAUAGCUAUUAAUUCGGUAAUUAAUGGAAAGUCCUAUUUUGCACUACUGUUCCCUCAAAACUUCAGCAAUAGUCUUGAGGCAAGAAUUCAUAAUCCAUACGAGCUUUCAGAUGAGGAAAUAGCGGACAGUCAGGUCAAAGUAUACGCGGAUAUGACUUAUUCAGCUGUCAGUCCACUUAUUUACCACUCAUUUCUUGAAAGUUCUCAAAAGUUUUUGAAUCAAUACAUGUUAUCCCUGGGCUAUAAUCCAAGAGCAGUAUCACUGCCUUUCACUAUUGAGAAACCAAUCUAUGGACAAAUGGACUCAACGCUGUAUGAAUUUACAGCACCGGGUGUUAUCAUCGCUACAAUACAUGUGACAACUAUGCUAUUUUCGUCUCUAUUAAUAGUAAUUGAGCGAAAAGACGGUCAUCUGGACAGGGGUUUAGUGGCGGGACUGAACUCAUCAGAAAUCCUAAUAUCUCACAUAAUUAUGAUUUUCUUAUGUGUUAUCGCUAAAUGUUUUCUUCUCAUGUUUUUCUCAUUUAUCUUAUUUGACAUACCAUUGAAGGGAUCAGUUUGGGAUGCAUUUGCUUUAAUAACGCUUCAGGGCUUACAGGGCAUGAGCUUUGGCCUACUUAUCUCUGUCAUGAAUACUGAGGAGUCAAUAGCACUGAUACUAGUGUUUAGUAUAGUGUUUCCCAUGUGGUUCAUUAGUGCCGUGUUUUGGCCAAUUGAAGCCAUACCUAAAUAUCUACACAUCAUCUCAUAUAUGACUCCAUUGACACUACCUAUAGAUGCUUUGCGAUCAAUAUUAUUGAGAAAUUGGUCUGCUUUUGAUGAUAACGUCCUCUACGGUUAUAUAACAAGUUUGGCAUAUAUUUUGGUUUUACUUUUCUUAUCAUUUGUUAUGUUUAGAAAAAGUUGUAGCAAUUAAUCGCAUAUAUUAUACUCAUUUUGACAAAUAAUUUAACUUAAUUAUAAAAUUCAUUG